CGAGACCAAAAACACUGCCGCUGACGUCACUGGGAGUCAGCUGUGAACAGCGUGCUGCUAGCCGGACAUCAUGAAUGAAGAUGAAGCCUGCCGUGCCGCUUCUCCUCCUGGCCCUGCUCGCUGUCACAGGGCUGAGCCAAGCCCAACUCGGGAACUCUUUCCUGGAUUUCUCCUGGAUCCUUCCCAGUCUCAGUCGGCCGGCGAACCACAGCCGCAUCUUCUACGCGGUGAUGUUUGAUGCAGGGAGCACGGGGACACGCAUUCAUGUGUACACCUUCAUCCAGAGCGACUCAGAGCAGCUCCCCAUGUUGGACAAUGAGAUGUUUCAUUCCAUAAAGCCCGGCUUGUCGGCAUAUGUCGACGUCCCUGAAACGGCUGGAGAAACAGUGAGGAUGCUGUUAAAGGUAGCCAAGAGGACGGUGCCUCGUGUGGAGUGGAAGAGAACUCCUUUGGUCCUCAGAGCCACGGCUGGACUUCGGCUGCUGCCCGCACAGAAAGCUCAGGCUCUUCUGGACCAGGUUCAACACGUGUUUGACGAGUCUCCUUUUUUGGUGUCAGACGACGGCGUCAGCAUAAUGAACGGCAAAAAGGAAGGACUCCUGGCUUGGAUAUCGCUGAACUUUCUAACAGGUCACCUGAAAGCGCGAAGCAAGAAGACAGUGGGAAUAUUGGAUCUGGGAGGAGGAUCAACGCAAAUCACUUUCCUGCCCAAACUGAGGAAAACCACUGAAAGUGCUCCUGCUGCUGACUACACUGCUAAGUUUGAUGUCUUAAACUCAACAUUUGAAUUGUACACUCAUAGUAGAGAUGCUGAUGCUGUUUUUCUUUCCCCUCCAGGUUACACAGGAUACAAGCUUUGUUAUCAGGAAGUACUUAAGGUGGUGAAGGGGAUUAUUCAUCAGCCGUACGAGCUUGAAGACACCAAUGUUUUUUAUGCAUUCUCCUAUUACUUUGACAGAGCUGUGGAUGCGGGCCUUAUCGAUGAGGUCCACGGAGGGAUGCUGGAGGUCAGAGACUUCAAGAAGAGAGCCAAAGAGGUGUGCAAUAAGAUGACCAAGUACCCUCCCAUCCACCCUUUCCUGUGUAUGGACAUGACUUACAUCACUUGUCUACUGAAGGAUGGGUUUGGCUUUAAAGAGAACACAGUUUUGCAGCUAACCAAGAAAGUGAAUAACGUGGAGGCUAGCUGGGCACUGGGUGCUACAUUGGAUCACUUCCACUACCUGAAGAUUCACUGAGAAGUGAGGAGCGUACACUGACAACGAGAAGCUGAUUUUAGGUGGCGCUCACUAACCACACUACCUUAUCUAAGAGCAGCAGACAGCUGGUGUUGGUUUUAUAAGGGCAGAACUAACCUCAUGAGUAAUUCUUAAUUUCUUUUAAAAAGCAAUUAUUCUCAAGUGUUAAUAUAUUGAGCUAUAUAUGAGC